GUAGAGUACCAGAUGGCCCAAUCAUCUAUUUAACACACGCCAAAAACUGACUGUGAUUUCCAGAAGAUGGCGACCGCUCUGGUGGUGUCAACUUCGGUUCCUGCUCAUCCUGAAAAGGAAAAAUGUGAAACAAUAAUUCAAAAGGUUAUGAGUCCUGAAGCAUACAUCAAGCAUCCAUUACAAAACAAGUGGGCUCUUUGGUUUUUCAAGAAUGACAAAAGCAAAACAUGGCAAGCCAACCUUCGUCUGAUCUCAAAAUUUGACACUGUGGAAGACUUCUGGGCAUUAUACAAUCACAUUCAGCUAUCAAGUAACUUGAUGUCUGGCUGUGACUACUCAUUGUUUAAGGAUGGGAUCGAGCCAAUGUGGGAGGACGGACGGAAUCGACGAGGUGGCCGCUGGCUGAUAACUCUGUCCAAGCAGCAGCGUAGAGCAGACCUGGAUCGGUUCUGGUUGGAGACGCUCUUGUGUCUUGUUGGUGAAGCUUUUGAUGACCACAGCGACGAUGUGUGCGGCGCCGUCAUCAACGUCCGAGCCAAAGGGGAUAAAAUCGCAAUAUGGACCACAGACUUCGAAAACAAAGAUGCCAUCACACACAUAGGUCGUGUUUACAAAGAGAGAUUAGGCGUUCCUCCAAAAGUGAUCAUCGGGUACCAGUCGCAUGCAGAUACCGCCACAAAGAGCGGCUCCUCAACCAAGAACAAGUUUGUUGCCUAAGGACUGUUAACCAGUAUCAUCAACCAUGCCUUUUUCUUUUGCCAGCAUAGUUUUCUAUAAUUUUUCUGACAUGUUUAUCCACUACCAAACAUUUCAAGUGGAGACAACAUUUCUUCCUUUCGGUUUGCCUAUUUGUUGCUACUGAACCAAAGCUUUUGUUUAUGGUAAGGGUAUGUGCAGUUAAAAUGUAGCACUAUCGUCUGAGAACUUGAUUAUUUUCGUGGUGGUGGGCUGAAGAUGAGUAAAAGAUGUUUUGAUGCCCACGUUUCAUUUUCAAAUGCAGCUGCAUAUUUGUGGGGAAUUUAUUUCAUUUGUCACCCCCUUAGUGUAUGUCAGUUAUUUUCUUAAAGUACUUAACAUUAAAGGCAAAAAAGAACAAAGUAAAACAUGUUCUACUUUGGUAUAAACUAGCUCUUUAUUACUCUAAUGCCACACAGUCAAAUUACAAUAAACAUGUAUGGCUUUAUCGCACAUAUAGUUGCACGGUGGAAUUUUAAACCAUACAUUGUGAUCAAACCCACUACUUCUGAAAGUUUACACAUUGACAGAAUACCUUUUUUAAACCAAAUUGCACCGUGAAGCACACUAACUAUGUGCCUCAGAUUUAUCACUGGAGUAAAUGCAAGCCGUUCAUGCCUAAGUUUUUGAUGUACUUAUUCCUCUUGUACACAAAUCUCUCAAAUUUUUUUGAGUUUCAGAGCACAAAGAUGUCAAUGAUGAAAACAGGAUUUUGUAUCGCCGUAUGUCCGUAUGUAAUGAGGAUAUUUUCCAAAUGUACAUAUUGUUGGAUAUGUACGAUGUUCAGUUAAAAAGUCGACUUGUUUGUUUGGUCAGUUUUAUUGAUCUACUGCUUUGAUGAAGUUUACAAAGUAGAAUUAUUUCCACUCCAGAUUUUGUUUUGAUUGUGGCAUAAGAAAAAAAAAAAAUAGUUUGGGAGGGAUUGAACUGUGCCUUUAAUGUAACACAUUGCCUGAUAUUUCUCAGCAGUAAAUGUAUAAAGGAGUGAUGUAAAUAAAACAUGUACAGUUUAG